AUGAAUAUAGAGGAAGUAUACAACAACGACGUACAUUUAGUAGGGAACGAGGAGGAUGAGGAAGAAGACGAUAAUAGCUGUUGCUCCCGAGCGACAUUUUGCCAUCCGAUAUUGCGCAAGAUCAUUGUGACCGAUUCGAUCUUGAGAUGUUUUGACAUGGAAAUAACGUGGAUGAACCUAUUUUGGCUGACGAGCGUUACAGCGAUGAUCUUGAUGGCUUGGAUGACUCUCUUCUUUCUCCUCGGCGAAACAAUGUUACCCAAAGGCAGCUACUUUGGUCUUUUCGUUAUCGUCGUGUUCUCUUAUCUCCUUGGAUGGACGCUCGCCUAUGUUCCAUACAUGAACCUUCCACCUGUCUUCGGCAUGCUCCUGGCUGGUAUAAUCGUGAGAAAUAUAAAUUUCUACGACAUUAGACGAGAACUUGGCAUCAGGACACUAGCGAAAAUACGAACGUUCUGUUUGACUUUCAUCAUGAUACGUGCCGGUCUUCAAAUGACUACCACGCCGAUCCGUCAACAUCCCCUCUUCGUCGCGAUUCUUGCCAUCCUACCUUGUACUAUGGAAAUGUUAAUCCUUGCUAUUUGCGCAAAGUAUAUCCUUAAUUAUCCUUGGAACUGGGCCUUUAUGACCGGUACAAUUGUUGCCUGUAUGUCUCCUGUUGUUACCGUCAAUUGUAUGCUGGCACUGGCCGAACAUGGUUACGGUGAAGAUAAAGGAUUGGCUUCUUUACUUAAUGCGGCUACUUCCAUCGACGACGUACACAUCCUCUCACUUUUCUCCAUUUUCUACACCACCGUUUUUGACGAAAAUCAUCCAACUAAGUGGUGGUCGUAUAUACCUAGUGGCCUUCGAGACCUUAUCCUAGGCGUUUCGGUCGGACUUCUUCUUGGUACUUUUUUGGCUUUUUUCCCCCAUCGUAAUCAUACAAUGCCGCUUCGAAGAGCAAUGUACUUUCUCUGGCAUUUUAUGCAGCCCAUUUUGGUUGGUGUCAUCGGAGCCGAUAUCGAUUUUAAAAACUGGUCCUUAUCGAGAUUCGGUCUUUACUGUACUUGCAUACUCAUUGGUCUAACGACACGUUGCAUUGUUGCCAUUUUAUCAACGAUCAAGACACACUUCUCCUGGAAAGAACGAACAUUCAUCGCUCUCGCUUGGAUACCCAAGGGUACUCUUCAGGCUGCAUUGGCACCCAUGACCUAUGAACGCACGACUGAAGAAAAUCCAGAACAAAUCGAAUUGGCGCUCGACGUCGUCAGAAUAUCGAUAGUUGCUAUCGUCUUUUUAGCGCCCCUCGGUGCGAUUGUCAUGAUGAUAUCUGGCCCUAUUCUUUUGAAUAAACUUAGCAUGGAAGAACAUGAGAGGGAACGCCGAUUGAGUUACUUUCGUAUUCAAAGCUUACAACCUAUUAGGACUCGUAGAAGAAAAAAUAGCAUAUCCGCUGAACUGUCGUGAUUUCAAAUGUUCUACUAUUUUCUCAUUAACACAAGAUAAAAAUCAUGAUGAUACUUUCUUUAAUAUCAUGCAAAAUCUCAGCAUUCUGAGAAUAAGCAUAGCGAAAAGUUAUCUUCUUCAAUUCGUAAAAGUUCCGAAUUUAUGAAUUAUUAGUCGACUCUUGAGUAAAAUAUCUGAAUUUUUAUCCGAACGGAUACUAUACAAUAAAUAUUACUAUAUAUCAAUAUUCAUAUAUAAGUAACUAAAAUGAAAACAAAUCGGAUAAUUUUUAGGUUCUCUUACUGAAUCAACUUGAAUUAUAUAAUAAUUAUCUAGAUGAAAUUUUCAUUAUUAAUCUAUGUUCAUAUUGUCGUCUUUUUCGGAUAUUUGAGUUAAGAAUAAUGGUUCGUAAGUCCAGUUCGGAAAUACCCGCUUAUAUAAAUACAUCAAUACAGUGUCUUGAGAUUUCAACUGUCCAUUAAAUACACAUUUCAUAUGACCGUGUGUACCUAUAAAUAUAACAACCAUUAAAGAAUAUUUUUAAUUAAUUUUUGUAUCUUCCUUAAAUAUUAUAGCUAUAAUAAUUGGGAUUUUUAGUAUACCUAAAGGUUCUUUAAUGUGACCCCUACGUCCAUAUUUUGUCCUAAGUUGCACAGGUUUAAACCAGUUGAUAUCUUCGCGAUGGAAAAACAUAAACCUAACUAUAGCAGAAUGUUUAUGUACUUUAAAGGGAUGCCCGCUUAGAAUUACCCUUUUUACAAUAAUUCUGUCCGGGUUAGCGGAUAAAACGCUUCCAGUAGCAACUAGAUCCUUAAAAAGAAAAGUUCAAUAUCUUCAUUGAGUGCCAAUUAUAUUAUACAUAUAUUAAAUUUAGUUAUUUAAAAAAAAGAUUUUUACUCACUAAACUACCAUUUUUUUGCUCGAUAUAGCAUAAAACCGGGCAUGGUGGGAAGAUAAUUGGUGCAUACAUGCUCGCAACUAUAGUCGUUUCUGGAUGAAAAAAUCUCUCAUACUAGAAUAUGAAUUAAUUAAUCGUUCAAAAUCUAGUAAAUAUCACGAUCAUUCAUCUUAAAUGUUUAUCUAAUAACAUACCUUAUGUUUAGAUCCGUUUGUAUGUUGACUAAAUAUUGGACAGGCCGAAAAUCUUCGAAAUCCACAUUGGAACACUAAUCUUUCUUUAGACUUUAUAGCUUGCUGAUAACUAUUAGCGUGAUUUAAUACAAUAUUUAGGAGAGACAUUUUCUGUUCGUUUGGGAGUAGUCCAAAAACGAUUAAUGGCCGAUUGUCUAAUGUACAGAAUGCAGUAAAAAGAUCUCUUUUAACGUUAGCAACAUGAAGCGUAACGUACCAACCAGGCUGUGAAUGUUAUCAUAUAUAUUUUUAUUCGAUGUAAUGCACAAAAAUAAUUAAAAAAGAGAAAUUCUGUAAAUUGCUUACUUACCAAAGCACUUAAUUCCUGACUUUCUUUGAAUAUUCGUUUACGCGUUCGAUCAAAAUUUUCAAAUUGAAAUAUGCGUCCAUAGUCCAGCGGUAAAUUUUCCUUGGGAUCCCAAGGACUUGUUCGAAAUGAUUCAAGUCCACGAUACUUUUGGAAUCUAAUUUUAGCCAACAUAUGUUGAGGUGUAUCCACUUCGUCGGGAAACUGAACGUCCAAUUUUGCUUCUAUACAUGUCAAAAUAUUAUAAGAUAAUUAUAUUAUAUAAUUGGCUUUUUAAUUUUCUUUACACGCAUCUCAAACUUACGCUUUAUUUUCUCCAUAGCUUCCUUUUCUUCCAUCAUGUCAAUAUUCUGAUCGUAUAUACGUUCAUCAGGUGCCGCCUCUGAUAUUGUAAUUGUUUCAUACUCUUCGUCGGAUGCCAUGUCAGCUUCGCUAUUUGCUUGAGACUUUAUACCAUCCACAGACAUAUUAUCAUCAGAUUCAUUUUCUGAAUAUUCUAUAGGGAAAUAUUUGUUUAUAAAUAAAUUAAGUAUAUGAAGAUAAGCAAUAUUUGUUUAUGUAAAAUUAUAUAACGAACAUACCAGCAUCCUCAUCAAGAAUCCAAGCUGCUUGAUAUUCAGACAUGCCUUUUGGUACUACUUUUACAACCUUUUUCUUUUGAGCAGCUGCUGCCUGUGCCAAUUCUUCUUCAGUGGGCCAAAUUUGUUCUGCAUCCAUUAGAUCUGGUAUGUUUUCACUUUCAAGUGAUUCCUAAAAGCAAUCAAAAUCCUCUAAAUCUUAAUAAAAUCCGAACAAACAUGCGUGUAUCAGACAGAAACUCACCUGUUUGUUACGAUCUGCAUGUUCGAGUACUCUGACUGAAAUAUCACUCUUCAUAUCAAUUUCUACAGAUCCAGAUUGCUUCUUCGAUUUAUUCUUAUCUAUCGGAUAUGGGUCAUCAACGGCAUCGAUUUGUAACAUUUGAAAAUCUCCUAAACCAGAGAUAUGUAUUAAAUCAUUUGCAGAUAAUGAUAAACCCUGCAAAUAUCCUGUGACCAUAAGAGUUCCAUGAUCAACCGAAUCCUGGCAAAAAAUAACGAUUCUUUUUCAAACAUUAUUACUUCAUUAUAUGAAUUAAUUAUUUCAUAUAUGUAUACCUCAUUAGAUUUAAACUUUAAAUCUUCCGCUAACAAAUACGGCCUUUUUGCUUUAUAUGAUACAGUUCUUUGUUUUUGUGUACCUGCCCGACGUAAAAUAUUCAAUGUAUCAAUGGGUUUAUCCAAAUGGAAAACUUUUUCUUCAGGAAGCCACUUUGAAAGAGUCUGUAUUACAUGUUGUUUAUAGUCUUGACAUUUCUAUCAUACAAAAAUAUAUUAAUUUAAUAAUAGUGAUCCUGUUACAAAAAUAGUAUUACAAUGGGUUAUUCAUAUAAAACCUAACCUUGAAAGGUAGUUUGUCUACAUUUGUAACAGCAACAAUAGUAGUAGGCAAACCUUGUCCCAAACAAGAGACUAUUAUUUCAUUACCCCAUGCAUCUAGAAUUUCUUCUCUAAUAGUUCCAUCUGCCAUAUUGGUAGCAGAAACAACAAAAAGCACAGUAUUUGCGACUUUAGCUGCAUCCAACGUUGCAAUAAUGUUACCAAUAGGAGGAACAAUAAUUGAAAAACGUUGUUUAAAUCUAGGUAUACUAUAAAAUGAAAAUAAUUUUUAUGUUGACAUUUUGUUCAAGAUUGCUAUCUAAUUGGUGUGUGUAUUUGUACACUAGAUGUACUACAAAGUACCUUAUAUGAGUAAUUCCAUAUGGACUCGUACAAACAUUUAUAGUGUCAUCUGCAUUUUUGAAUUUUGAAACGAUCUGCUCUAAUACCAAAUCUUCUUGUAGUGAUAUUAUGCAUAUGAGAAUAGGGGCCGAAUGGAUGCCACCAAGAUUUCGUUUUUGCGCUAAAACUUUUUCUCUCUUCUUCUUUCUGAGUUGCGAAGACUGAUGUCUUCGCGCAUCUCUGUUUAAAUUUUUAUGAAUUUGCUUCGAUAUAACUUUUAUAUUAGUUUUCCCUGCAUAUAAAUGAAGUAUUUAAAGUUCUCAAGAAGUAUUCUUUUCAUAUACUAUGCACAAUAUAAAAAAUCGGAGAAUAAGAUUGUUAACUUACCUUUAAUCUCAUUACCAAUAGUACCUUUACUUCGAUGCCUCCCUGUUUUAUGCGCUUUAUUAAUUUGUUUGCAAACUCCUGGUCGAUGAGUCUCCUGCUUUGUCGUUAUACCCAUUUUUCUUAAUAUUGUAUACAAUUUAUUUUUAACCCUCCAAUAAUCGAAUCACAACUCUCUAUGUUCAUAUGAUACAUGUGCAUUCGAGGCAUAAAGGUAGCUACACGCACUUUCCGUAAUAAUAUAGUCAGUAAACAACAAACACAUAAUAUGCGUAACACAGUGUUGCCACAGGAACGUUAAGACCACACAAAAUUCUUUACGGAUAUAAGACGUAUUCUUAAAAUAUAAAACGUAUAGUUCAUGAUACAAUUAGCCUAAAACGUAAAGUUUAACCAAUAGUAAACAUCCAUUUAUAAAGAUGUAAUACAGAAGUAUUAAUGUAGUUUACCAUUAGACCAAAUAAUAAAUAAGCAUCUCUUUUAUAAAUGUAAUGUUAAAUCAAUAAUAUUGGAAGAAUGAAGUAUUUAUAGUAUAAUCCUGGACAACCAAUCACAAGUUAUCAUAGUAUACGCGCUUUAUUUUGAAAUUUACCACUAAAGUUAUUGAGAUUAUGUGUUCAUGGUAUUUACUUAGAGAAACGAGUGAUCAUAAUAUUGUAAUAUGUUUGAUAACUUUGAAAAUGAAUAUAAUUAAGAAAAUAAAUAUAAAUACAACACUAAAGCUAAACAUUUUACAAUAUUAAAAAGUGAUAUGUUUUACGGCAUGAAAUACUUCUUUUUGUUAAAUGUAAUGUAAAUAAUAGGAAAGCACACUUGUUUUCUUUUUCGAUUAUAGCCACAAAAAAGUGACACGUGCAACUAAAAAUGCAAUUAUGAUAUAGUGUAAUUAAAAACAUUAAUAUUAUUAUCAGAAAUUUGAACGUUAUUCUUUUCAAAUCCGAAAUUAAAACCUUCUCAAAAUCAAUGUAUUUGUGCCACCUGAUUUGUUGUAAAUAGAACUUAUAUUUAUAAUAAACUUUUUACAUCAGAGAUUUUACUUUUUUUGUAUUCAGCAUUAGCAGAUCGAGAGAAGAAAAACAUCAUAUAAUAGUGGAAAAAAAGUAGUAAGAUUAAUAGUAAGAAAAGUUGUUAAGAUUAGUUUAUUAGGUAGAGAUGCGAUGCCAUAUCAUAAGCCUAAUUCACGUCACGUGACGCAAGUGAUGAGUAUUAGCGUAUCAUUUGGGGAAAUGUGACGUCAUGUAUUCCAUGUAUAAGAGCCUGACAACUCUGCUUGUUUCUGAGGAAACUAAUUUAACAUGUGAGUUCUUAGCAUAUUUUAAACAUUAUUCAAGUCACGGUUGUCAGAUGCUUUUGGAUACUUCGUAUAGCUAACAGCAAAACUUUUAACUUUAUAUCAUUCUUAACCUAUAUUUCGAAGACAUCAGUAAACAUUUGAAAAUUUUAUUUAUAGUAUGAAAAUGUGGAAGCGCAGCAUGGGAAAAUGUUGAUUCUACAGAAGAACGUUGCCCAAAGUGUACAAAUCCACGUGCAUAUUUCAUGCAAAUACAGACAAGAUCAGCUGAUGAACCUAUGACAACUUUCUAUAAAUGUUGUAAUCCACAAUGUGGUCACAAUUGGCGC